CCAGUGCGCAGGCGUCACCUCGGCAGCGCGUGCGCGGGCGUCUUUGACGUCAUCGACGCGCCGUUGGCCGUUUCUUCGCGCCGCUCUUUCGCUCCUCGGGCUCCCCGGGUGGUGGCUCCCAGGCGCUUACAUGGAGCACCCCGGUGUUCGCUGGAGGAAGGUCCUGUACGAACCGCAGCCUUUCCCGGACAAUUACGUGGACGAGCGCUUCCUGGAGGAGCUGCGCAAGAACAUCUACGUGCGGCGCUACCGCUACUGGUCGGUGGUCUUCGAGUCCGGCCUGGUGGCGCAGCAGCUGGCCUGCGUGUCGGUCUUCGUGGUGCUCUGGUGGUACAUGGACCGGGGGCUGCUCACGCCCCACUGGCUCUUUGGGACGGGGCUGCUGUUGUCCACCGUCGGCUACGUGGCCUACGACCUGGUCGACGGUGGGCUGGGCAGGCAUCAGAGUGGUCGCACCCGCUGGGCGGACCUGAAGAGCGCCAUCGUCUUUGUCCUCUUCACGUACGGCUUCUCUCCGCUGCUCAAGACGCUGACCGAGUCCAUCAGCACGGACACCAUCUACGCCAUGUCCUUCCUCAUGCUGCUGGCCCAUCUGGUCUUCUUCGAGUACAGCACCCACAUGGCCGUGGCGUCCAGCAGCCUGUCCCUCAGCGUGGCCAUCUUCGCCUCGGUGUGCCUGGCAUCCCGGCUGCCCGGCUCCUUGCACGCCUUUGCCACGGUGACCUGCGCCAUCGAGGUGUUCGCCCUUUGGCCCCUGCUGCUGCGCCGCCUCAAGUCGCACGUCCCCCAGGGCUAUGUGGCCGUGUCCCUGCUGGUGUCGGUGGCCAGCGUGGCGGUGGCACUCAGUGUCACGGUGGUGGGCGGCGUGCUCCUGGCGCUGCUGCUCCUCUGCAUCUCCCUGCUCUGCCCGUACCUCCUCAUCUGCCUGCAGCUGCAUAAGGACAACAUCCACGGGCCGUGGGACGAGGCCGAGAUCACCGAGGACUUGUCCCGCUUCCUGCGCUGAAUAAAGCCGUGUGCCCCCA